AUGAAAUCGGUCGUGGUGACAGGUUUCGGCCCAUUUGGCCCUUAUGCAUCGAAUCCAUCGACCGAGGUGGUGAAAAACUUGGGCAAAGUUGGACUCUCGGGUGUUGACGACGUGAAUUUGAUCACCGAUUUGAUGGCUGUCGAUUAUGACGAGGUCGACAAAAAGGUGCACGCCUAUUGGAACGAUCAUUGCCCUGAUCUAAUCGUUCACGUUGGUGUGCACGGAGUGCUGAAAACAAUCAAACUCGAGCAACAAUCCACCGGUGAUGGCUAUUGUCGAGCGGAUGUCUGCGGCAAAGUUCCCACAGAGAACAAGGCGCCGAAUCUUGAAAAGAACGAUACAACGAUGAUUUCAAGCAUCGAUUGCGUUGAAAUCGCGAAUCGCGUAGCCAAAGAAAUGGCACAAAAAUGCUCGACUUUAAAAGUUGAACCAAGCUAUGAUCCAGGGCAAUACCUCUGCGCUUUCUCGUUUUACAUCUCACUUUGCCACGACAAGUCAAAAGCGCUGUUCGUUCACAUUCCGGAAUUCGAUGAUGAGAUAACUCUGGAGAUCAUAACCGAGGCUCUUCAACUAAUCAUCAAAGAGAUUAUCGUCGAAAAAGAACAAAAAACUGUAGUC